CGGCAGAUCCUGAUAGAUUUCUUCGACGACGAGAACGGGUUUCGAUGGCACAUGAGAUUGCUCGUGCUGGCGACGCCCAACCCUGGGCAGUGGAUCGCCUGCACGCCAGAUCUGAGCAUCCAGCUCUUGGACGUGACGGUCCACAGGGUAAUCCCCCUCUCUCGAAACGCAGAGUUCCCGCGGCGGGUUCGAGGCGAGGUCUACGCGUUCGACCCGAUCGGCGCCGAGGUGCUGCUGCAGAUCCGCCGCGAGGCCAAGGAGCUCCUCGCCGUGCACGGGCUCACUGGUGCCGCCGACGCGCAGCCCCAGGGCGGGCGGUGGCUCAUCGCGGACACGCCCCACCCGGGCUUCGGCAACCCCCUGCCACCAGCCGCCUUUGCCCGCCCAGAGUCGGUCAUCAUCCGCGAGGACUCGGGCUCGGCCUACUUGGACGAGGUCUGGGUCGCCAUCCAGCGCGUGGCCGACGAGGACGUAGACGACUGGCGCCUCCAGAAGGCUGCUGGCGCUGGCCGAGACCGAGGGCUGCUGGGCGGCGAGCGGAUCGGCGGCGCGCCCGUUCUCUCGCUGUCGGCGGCCGCCAAGAUCAGCAAGAGGACCCCCCGGCCUGGCUGGCCCUUCCGAGGCUCCUCGUCGGCCCCCGAGCUGGCGAUGGCGCUCGCGGCCGCAGGCGUCGUGUUCGUCACCCACCACGCCGACUGGAGGACGAAGUCGGGGGUCAGUGGCUCGUUGGGGGUGCGUCGCACUCAUCGUUGGAUCUGCGGAGGCCUCGAUCACGCGAUCACCUACGACCAGCUCGACUAUGUCAGCUGCGCGGCGGUCGAGCACCUGACCCGCCGGCUCUUCGAGGUGGAGGCGGCUGUCCGGCGCAGCCCGAAGGCGCCGGACUUCUCCAACCUGGAGGGCAUCUUCGCGGCGCCCGCGGCCGAGGACGGCCGCGCGCAGCCCCCGGAGUUCGCGCGGCGGGCGUCGACGCUGCGCCGCGACGAGGCGCAGAUCAUGAAGCUGGAGCGGCUCUGGAACGAGGAGGUGGACAUCUCCCGCAAGACCGCGAAGGACGGCAAGGGCAGGGACAAGGUCGGCAAGGCCGGGAAGUCCGCCGACUCUGCCGACGCCUGGGGGCCCUCGGCCCCGGGGCGCCCAGGUCAGCGGGGCAGGAUCAAUGGCGACACCUGCCCCAUCAAUGCAAUUUGCCUGGUCGCCCCCUUGGUCGCCUCCAUCGGUCAGCUGGGCUUCAGGAUGCGCUUCGCGGACUACCGCACCAUCCAGGGGCACUGCCACGGCGACCCCUUCCCCCUCCCUUUGAACAGCGAGGUGCUCGCGCGCGGCGGCCAUGCUGGGCCUGCUACGCGGUCGCGAGUGCGGUGUCUGCGCGAGACGAUUUGGUCUCUGAACGCUCUCGACGCACCAUCGCGCGCCCUCCGGGCGCAUCAGCCAACUUCGGGCCGCCGCCUCUCGGAGGCGCAGCGCUCGAUCAUCUUGCGCCUCAGCCGGCGCAUCGAGAACCACGGUGACCGGCCCGACGUCCUACCGCCCGUGGCCUACGCCGACCUCAUCAAGAGCCAUGACCUGUACUCAGGCCAGCCCAUGAACCUGAAGCCGCACGACCCUGCGCUGCUCAAGGUUCUCCACAGGAACCGGCAGCCCCAGGACCUGCGCGGCUGCCUCAGCGCUGAGGGCCGCCGCCACCUGGACCAGGCCGACGACCUCAUCUUCAGAUCCGAGGCCGAGCUCGACGCCCAGCAGGACCGCGAGCUCAUCCAGCCCGCGACGCAGCACUGGGACCCCGCGCUGAAGCGCAACCGCCGGGCCCGCAUCGACUUCAGCGGCUGCAAGCCGUCGGGCUGGUCAGUUUCCGAUCUGUCCGACCAGGCCCUGGCCGCCGAGGGCGUCGACCCGUCGUCGGCUAACAUACACGCUGCUGGCUUAGAUCUCAAGGACGGGUUCUACCAGUUCGCGGACGACUACAUCGCGGACUGGUUCGGUUUCGCUUUCCCCGAGAUGGCGUCCGAGUUCGGCGACCCCCUCGUCUAUCUGCUGUCGGACGGCAGCUUCGUGAAGGUAUCGGGCGACACGAGAAUCUACGCUGUCUUCCGUGGCCUCAUGACUGGGCGGUCGCGGUCUCUGUUCUUCUGCCAGGACUUGCUGGCUCAGAGCCAGGGGCUUCUGAGCACCGGGUGCGCUGACGGCGACCGUUUGGUCCAUGAGCGGCGCCCUGCCCCGCGCGUCGCCCCCGGGCGGCCUCUGGUGCAACCCUACGUUGACAAUGCCAACGUGAUCGGCUUGACCUUCGGCGAUGCCCAGGGCGCCCUGCGCGGCGCGCAGCAGGCCCCCGAUUUCCUCGGCAUCGACUACCACGACCUGGUCGAGCCCACGCAGCUGCAUACCACCGUCGCGGUCGUUUUUGAUUGCGUCGAGAGGCGCCUACGCCACACGCCAGCCCGCGCGCGGCGCCUGCACCUCGGCCUGGAGCACCUCUUGAUCGCGAGGCGGUCGACUGGCCGUGCGCUUCGCGCGGUACACGGGCACCUGGUGAACCACUUCAUGAUCCUGAGGCCCGCCCUGGCCGUCCUAGACGAGGGCUACCUGUUCAUCGCGCAGCACCUGGACGACUACGCGCCUUUCGGCGGGCCGCUGCUGGACGAGCUCCGCGUGGCCAAUGCUCUCGCGCUGUUCGCCGAUGUGGACCCGGCCGCCCCCUGGCCCCGCGCGGCUUUCUGCAGCGACGCCUCGGGCGGCGACGGCCACUCGCAGCACGGCAGGCAUGCCCUCCACGAGACCGCCUGCUCGGACUCUGAGGUCAUGCAGGCCGUCCGGUUUCGAGAGCGUUGGAGAUUCAAGAUGGAGGAGGAGGAGUCGGUUGCCCCGUGGGCCCCGCGCGAGGCCAUCCGUGUCUGGAGCGCCGACCCGCUCGCGACCUCCGACCUGGUUGCCGCGGGCAUUGCCGCCCCCGCCUCCAGGCCGUCCGCGGUGGACCGACGCCUCCCCCGCGUGCGCACCGUCCUGGUGCAGGGCUUUGUGCCUGCCCUCGAUGACGGCCUCGUGGUGCGAAGCCGUUGGAGGAUGAUCGCGCGCGGGGCCUUCAGGUACCCUGCCACCAUCCACGCCAAGGAGGCGAGGACACAGCUGCUCGGCCUCGCGCGGGCCUCCCGCGAUCCACGCAUGCACGGCCCGCGCGUCGGCAGCCUAGACGACGACAUGGCGGCCCUGCUCAGCUUCGAGAAGGGGCGGGCUCGAGACCGCGCUCUCCUACAGCUCUGUCGAGUGAGCGCGGCCCGCCAGAUUGGCUGCGAGAUCCAGUGGAAGUUGCGCUACAUCGAGACCAAGCGCAACCCUGCGGACGAGGAUAGCCGGGCCGCCGAGCUGGGCCACGUACAUCCCGACCACCCUCAGCGAGGCUGCCGACGGGCCCUGGAAGCGGUGGAGUCCGCCAACGAGGGCCGCGCGGCAGCUCCCAGGGGGCCCCCAGGCCGGUCACGCCGACUGGCCCCAUGUGGCCCCGCCGCUGGCCUCUCCGACGGGCAGGCGGCUGCGCGGGCGGCGCGGAUCGGCGCCUUCGCCAGACGGAGGCCUGCCCGGCCGCGCGGGCAGCCCGCGCCGCCUCCGACGUCGGCGUCGGGAGUGCCGGCCGGGCUGUCCCGCGCGCCACCAGUGGCCCUGCCGCCCGCCGAGCAGCCUCGGCACCGGGCGCCCUCUUCGACACGCCAGGCAUUUUGCGAGCUCUCCGCGGGCACCGGCAGGCUCACAGCAGCCAUCAGAGAUGUUCGAUUGCACUGCACCCCUCACUUCGAGAUUGGAAAUGCUGGGUCCAAGCUCUUCAACUGGGACCACCUCGCGGGCUUCAUCAAGGCAUCUGGGGGUACCUGGGCUAUGCUACACUACUGCCAGUACGGUGGUACGUAUGAAAAGCCAACCUACAUUGUCUCUAGCCUCCCAGAGAUCACCACGCUCGAGCGAGUCUGCCCCAGGGAUCACGGUCACGAGAUCCUCCAAGGCAAGGUCACCAUCUCAUCACAAUCGGGCGCCACCCGCAGCGAUUGGAAGACCAGCCUGGCGGGCGCAUACCCACCCGAGCUUUGUCGGCGCUGGGCCCACCUGCUCGCGUCUUGCGCCCCCAGAGGCGCACGAUGCGGCGAUGCCAGUGACCCUAUCUCUGACCGCUGGGAGACUGAGCUGGCGGCCAACUACCCUGGCGCGGGCAUCCAGCUCCAGCGCCCGAGGCCCAGCUGCCCGCGCGGGUCCCCGCCCGAGUGGCCUGCCCCGGCGCCGCAGUGGGGAAGCAACCAGCCGUACCUGAAGCACCAGCGCGCGCAGCCCUGGACGGUGCAGACGCACCAGGAGGCCCACCGCAAGUUCAGCACAUGGGCCACCAGCCAGCGCCUCAGACUGAUGAGCAUGGACGACCUCGACGCCGCCAUGGUCAAGUACUUCGACCACAUGUACUUCCAGGGCCUCAGCAUCUUCCACGCAAGGAGCGCCGUCCAUGGCACCACCUUCGUGAAGGACUACCCUCGCAGGGCUCCCACGACCAUGUAUCGCACGAAGGACGCCCUCGCCGGCUGGUUCAAGGCAGGACCCGAUCGCGUUCGCGAUCCGUUCCAGGGGGAGGGCUCUGUCCUCAUCGCCGACAACCUCGCCGAGAAAGGCAACGAGGGGGUCGACGCCGCUGGGGCCCUGCUGGUCAGCUACGACGGCUACAUCAGGCCCAGCAACACCCUCUCGAUCACGGGCCGCGACGUCAGCCAGCGCCAGGCCGGCUCGAACCCAAGCUACCCGAACCCGGUGCUCACCCUUGCCCCGCAGGCCGACGACCGCGGGCAAAAGCCCGCUCCGACCAUGAAGUCGGGCGACCACGACUGCACCAUUGUCUUCGGCGACGAGGCCAGCAAAAAGGCAG